AUGUCUGAGACUUACCCCCUUACCCCCUCCGACUUGCGCGAUAUUCUCGCCUUCACAGUCAACCUUGCGCGCACCGCAGGAAAGCUCAUACUUGAGGGCUCACACGCUAUCCAGAACGCAUCCGCUUCCGACAUCGGCGAGAAGAAAAAUUCGGUCGAUCUCGUCACGGAAUACGACGUCAAGGUCGAAGAACUUGUCAAGAACGAGAUCGCGAAGGCAUACCCGAACUUCAAGUUUAUCGGGGAGGAAAGCUACUCGUCCGGAGCGCGGCCUCCCCUUACAGACGAACCCACCUUCUGUGUCGACCCCAUCGAUGGGACCACGAACUUCGUCCAUGGCUUUCCCUUCGCCUGCAUAUCUAUCGGUCUCAUCGACCAAAAGCGACCUGUCCUUGGCGUGAUCUACAACCCGUUCCUCGACCAUCUAUACACUGGAACCAAGGGUCAAGGAUCGUUCUUGACGCGCAAUGGCGGGCAACAGCAGAAGCUGCCCUUGGCCCCCGCACGCCCGUUACCAUCUCUAUCCCAAGCUCUUGUGGCGAUCGAAUGGGGCUCCGACCGCAAGGCCCCUGCGAUCCAGAAGAAAGCCGACUCGUUCACGCGCCUCGCGGGCGAUCCUGCCGGCGGUGUCCAAGGCGGGCGCAUGGCACACUCUCUCCGCUCUAUUGGUAGCGCGGCGCUCAACUAUGCGAUGGUCGCACAGGGUGGGCUCGACAUGUAUUGGGAGAUCGGAUGCUGGCCAUGGGAUGUCUGCGCUGGGAUUGUGAUCGCUCAAGAAGCCGGCGGCUUCGUCACAGGCUCGAAAGACUCACCACAUGACGGCGAUGUCACCGAGGCCAUCCUUACUGGAAGAAAGUACCUCGUUGUCCGAGGAAUUGCAGAUUCUGAAGGCGAGAAGGCGGUCGACGCGCAGAAAAGAAUCGUCAAGGAAUUCUACGAAACGGUAGAGGAUAUGCAGGCUGAGUGAACCUCAAGAGAGAGACAUUAGAGGUCAAGGUGUAUUUUUUUUUGUAAAGUAGACGGAAGACAGUCUGCUGGCUGGAGAGCCUUGGAAGAACGCCUCAAUGUUUAGACACAACUAGAACAGCUUAGCUAUGUAGCAAUUCUGGGAGAGCAAUCAACCUGCAUAGUAAAGAUAUGUGAACUAAUCAGUAAGCACCAUUAAAUGUCGUCCAGCGAUACCAAGGCUACUACGCUACGUCUACGAUGUAUAUGCGCUUCAAUAAGUACCAAAACCCCAACUCAACAAGGGUCGCUCGAGCCGCGAGGGUUUCACGACUCGUUCCAAGGAAUAUGUAUAUAAUCUACCCGGCAAAAAAUAAACACGUUCGACUUCCCAGGUCUCAUGAGGCCGUCGAGCAGAUGAAAUCAAGAAUGUCAGACGAUGUGCAUCCUGAAGCAAUUCACACACAUUCCCUUCGUCUUGAAUGGGUUCUGUUUGAAUUCGUUGCAGUUGCCCGUCUGGCUGUCAGGUAACGAAACUGAGCUGAAGAAUGGCGAAGCCUUGCCGGCUGCGACAGCCCCGAUGGGUGGCGUCGACGAUGUGACGGUUGCGCGGCGGGGGGGCGGAGGUGGGGGUGCCUUGCGCGGAGUAGUAUCCGUCGGGCGUCUAGGCAGCUCAGGCGCCGUGCGGGUGCCAUGUGUGGUCCACGGGUCAUCCUCGUCCUCGUGGCUAUGUUCUGGCAUCAGCUUUGCCUGCUCGUGCUCCUCGUCGUCUUCCACACUGCUUGCGAGGCUCUCGGUGUCGUACCCAUGUCCGUAUACCGAUGAUGGCGUGCGCGCGCUCAGCGGGGCGUUGUGAUCGCCGAACGGGUGCUCCACCGCGUCGGCCAUGCGUCGGCUGACGCUGUCGUCUGAAGUAGAGGCUGAGGAGCUGGUCGCAGUGCUGAGGUGCGCCCCGUUGAAAGUGUUCGCGCGGCGCGGGAUUGGCGGCGAGGCCCUGGCACGCAGGUUGAGGACAGGCUCAGUGUAGCUCGUCGGGAACAGGCCCUUCUUGCCCCCGAGCUCGCCCAUCCACCACUCGUCGAGCACUUCGUUGACGACGACGAUCUCGUCGCCCACAUGGAAUGUCAGCUCAUCCGAGGACCCCGAGAAAUCAUACAGCGCGCGCACACGCUUGCGCGUCUCGUCUGAAAGCCCACGCAGGGUUCGUGGGGGCGCAACGGGCGAGGUGCUUGGUGUACUCUUCGCAGACUUCGGCUUUGACUUGGCGGACAUGAAAGAAAGAGAGCUUGUCGAUCCGUGACGCGAUGUCUCCUGUGGCUCGCUGUCGUCGUCGUCGUCGUCUUUCAGUCGUUCCCCGUUCUUCUUUCUCCAGCCACCCGUCCAUCCUGCCACGUUCAAUCGCUUCUUGUCCUCCUUCUCCUUCUCCACAGUACUCCCUGUCGUCGUCACGCUAUCCGACCGCUUGCGACUCGCGCGCGACGUCGGUCGUGAGACGACCGAGCCGGCCCGCGAACGUGCAGCAGUAGAAGACUUGCGCGAACGGGGCUUGGUGCCCACCUCUUCCUCGGAAGAAUCGUCGUCGGGUGGGGGUGGGGUAUGCCUCGCCGUCGAGACGGAGCUGCGGCCGGACUUGUGCGAGCGGACAGAGCCGAGAUUGCUCGUCUUCUUGUCUUUUUCUUUAUCCUUCUCUCUCUCCUCAAGCUCGGCUGAGCGGGCGAAGUUGUGCAUAGGCCCUGUGGGGCGCGGAUGGUCGCGUCUCGAGGCGCUGGAGCUGGGCAGACCCACCGGUUCAUCUUCACGUCGCGCAACACCUCUACAUACUGCUCAGCAAAGUUCAGUUCGAGGUCUAAGAAAUUUGUCAGUUCGCGUUGUUGGUCGAUCUCGUUCUCCUGGAUGGCGUAGAUGCGCGCUCGGACAUCUUCCGCUGUCUCUUCGCUACGAGACCCAACGACGAGGUGAGUGAGGGUCUGUAGCAUAAGGCAUAGUAACGCACUAGCGUGAUCUCGCCUUGGCCAGCUCGUCCUCGGCAUCCAACCUAUCUUUCUCCUUCUUACUCCCUUUCAGCUUCUCCAUCUUGUUCAGGACAGCAUCGUAGUUCAAUCUGAUGCACCGGGCUCGUCAUGCUGUUCUCGACGGGAGAGGGUCGGAGAGCACACACACCUACGAGUCUCGAGCUUCUUUCUCUCC